AUGGAUUUCCAGGCUUUCAUCUUUUGCGGGAAGGGCUAUAAUCUAGCUCCUUUCACUCAAACUAAGGGUGAUACCGGCGUCUCCAAAGCCCUACUACCAGUCGCAAAUAGACACAUGAUUGAGUAUGUGCUUGACUGGUGCGAACAGGCUAACUUCAAAGAGAUCAACAUCGUCGCUGACAAUGAAGAGAUCGACGUGAUUCACGAGGCUUUAUCAAGCUACAUGAAAAUUCGCGAGAGUCAAUAUGAGAUUCUAGCCAAAACUCUGGCGCCGCAUCAUUCCCAACACUUGAGGAAACCCGUUCCAAUCCAAUUUAUCGCUACCAAGGGAGAAACAACUGGUGCUAUUUUGCAGCGAGAGCUUUUGAGCAAGAUAACUGGUGACUUUGUUCUGUUACCUUGUGACUUCAUCACUGAUAUUCCUCCACAAAUCUUCAUCGAUCAAUACCGCAAUAAGGACCCUGACAACCUAGCAAUGUCUGUGUCUUACCGCAAUACAUUCGAAAACAUUGACAAGAAGCAGCUCGAUUUUUCUUACACUGUUUACUCGGAAAACGAAGACUCUGUCAAACAGCCAGUGCUAUUAGAUGUUUACUCCAAGAAAGAUGUGGAGAAUUCCAAAUACCUGCAAAUUAGAACACACCUCCUAUGGAGAUACCCCAAUGCAUCCGUUUCCAAAAAGCUGCUCAACUCCUUUGUUUACUUUUGCUCCUAUGAACUGGUUGAGUUACUUACAGAGGAGAGCAAGCUCAGCUUUACCUCAGAGACUGAAUCCGAGGAGUUCGAAGAUGACACUGUAACUUCAGAAUCUCAUAGGCAGGUUAUAAAGCCAACGCCUUUCAGAAAGAGAAAUAAGUUGGUCAAAGAUCCCAUAAACUGCUGUAAAUCUUUGGCUAAGGUUUUUAGAGACCUGGGAAGACGCUCUUGGCAACACUCGGCACCUCGUGAAACCAUUGGGGUUUUCAUUCUUCCCUCGCUAGGAUGUUUUAUUAGGUCAAAUGUUUUGAGCGCGUACAUGGAAGCAAACAGAUACAUGCUAAGAAUGAAGGCAUCAAUGUUGGCUGCUCAAGGAGCACCUGCGAUCGGUAACUCGGCUGUUGGCGCAGAUUCUGUUGUCGGUGCGGAGUGCAGCAUAUCCGAAAAGACAAGUGUUAAGCUUUCUGUUCUGGGAAAGAAUUGCAAAAUCGGCAAACGUUGCCGCAUAGUGGGAUGUGUUAUCCUCGAUGGUGUAGAAAUUGAUGAUGAGUGCAUUCUAGAAAACGCAGUUAUUGGUAAUUUUACUAAAAUAGGCAAGAAGUGCAAACUCACGAAUUCGUAUGUUGAGGGCUCUUACAUUGUCAAUUCUCGGACCGUCUUGAAAGGCGAAACGUUGACUCACAUUUUUAUAGAGGAAAGUGAAGACACUUCUGAUUCAUUAGAAUCAUCAGAGGAAGAAGACACCAGUGAAUACAGUGAUGACUACGACGAUGAAUUUGAAGAUGACGGAUUAUUUGAACGCUAA